CCGCGUAAGACGUCACUGGUCACGUGUGCGGAGGCCGGCAGCCUCCGCAGCGGCGAGGAGGCGGGGAAGGGGAGCCGCUGCUGCAGCCGCCGCCGCCGCCGCCUGCCAGCCCAAAGGCGCCGAGCCCGGUCGGGUCCGACCUCCGGCAGCAUGGGGAUCAAAUUUCUGGAGCUCAUUAAGCCCUUCUGCGCUGUUUUGCCCGAAAUCCAGAAGCCUGAAAGGAAAAUUCAGUUUAGAGAGAAGGUUUUAUGGACAGCUAUAACCCUCUUCAUUUUUUUAGUCUGCUGCCAGAUUCCAUUAUUCGGAAUAAUGUCCUCGGACUCCGCAGAUCCCUUCUACUGGAUGAGAGUCAUCCUUGCAUCGAACAGAGGCACUUUAAUGGAAUUGGGUAUCUCUCCUAUUGUGACUUCGGGCCUCAUUAUGCAACUCCUGGCUGGAGCCAAAAUCAUUGAAGUGGGCGAUACGCCGAAAGACCGGGCCCUGUUCAACGGUGCUCAGAAGUUGUUCGGAAUGAUAAUUACUAUUGGGCAGGCUAUCGUAUAUGUCAUGACGGGGAUGUACGGGGAUCCUUCCGAGAUGGGGGCGGGAAUCUGUCUUCUGAUUAUAAUCCAGUUGUUUGUUGCUGGCUUGAUAGUCCUGCUGCUUGAUGAGCUUCUGCAAAAAGGCUAUGGUUUGGGAUCCGGCAUUUCCCUCUUCAUUGCCACCAACAUCUGUGAAACCAUUGUUUGGAAGGCUUUUAGCCCUACUACCAUUAACACUGGCAGAGGUACAGAGUUUGAGGGCGCCGUCAUUGCCUUGUUCCACCUCUUGGCCACGCGAACCGACAAAGUCCGGGCUCUGCGGGAAGCCUUUUACCGCCAGAACUUGCCCAAUCUGAUGAACCUGAUCGCCACCGUGUUUGUGUUCGCUGUAGUCAUCUACUUUCAGGGAUUCCGAGUGGAUCUCCCAAUCAAGUCUGCUCGCUACCGGGGGCAAUACAGCAGCUACCCCAUCAAGCUCUUUUAUACGUCCAACAUCCCCAUCAUCCUUCAGUCCGCCUUAGUGUCCAACCUCUAUGUCAUUUCCCAGAUGCUGUCCGUGCGGUUCAGCGGCAACUUUUUAGUCAAUUUGCUUGGGCAAUGGGCGGACGUUAGCGGGGGUGGCCCAGCACGCUCCUAUCCGGUCGGGGGUCUCUGCUAUUACCUCUCCCCGCCGGAAUCCAUGGGGGCCAUCUUUGAGGAUCCGGUCCAUGUGAUUGUGUACAUUAUAUUUAUGCUGGGCUCUUGUGCCUUUUUCUCGAAAACGUGGAUUGAAGUAUCCGGAUCGUCUGCAAAAGACGUCGCCAAGCAACUGAAAGAGCAGCAGAUGGUAAUGAGAGGCCACCGAGAUACAUCCAUGGUUCAUGAAUUAAACCGGUACAUCCCGACGGCAGCUGCCUUCGGAGGGUUGUGUAUCGGGGCUUUGUCGGUCCUGGCUGAUUUCCUUGGCGCCAUCGGCUCCGGCACCGGCAUUCUGCUAGCGGUCACCAUUAUUUAUCAAUACUUCGAGAUCUUUGUCAAAGAACAGGCCGAAGUUGGAGGCGUGGGUGCUUUAUUUUUCUAAACAGGCCGGUACCGCCUGGCUCGUGAGAAAAAAGGGGAGACCUCCUUUGACGUCAUCUGAAUCCAAUAAUGCCAUUUUAAAUUUUUUUUUUUUUUUUUGGUCCUUUUGAAACAAAGUGCUCUGUCACCCCAUUUGCUCACAGUGGGCUUGCGCGCAGCUUCGGAACCGGCUGCCUUAAAAGAAUCAAAAGUUUACAUUGUCUUGGUUAAAAAAAGAAAA